AUGGGGAAGCUGAUAUCCAAAGGCCAUCGCAAAAGAGACGCUCGAGUUGUAAUGCUGGGGCUUGACUUUGCUGGCAAAUCCACCCUCCUGUACAAACUAAAGAGGGGCCAGGCUGUGGAGACCUGCCCGACAGUGGGCUUCAAUGUGGAGUCUCUGCAAACACCCUGCCGCAUAUCCUUCAACCUCUGGGAUGUUGGUGGACAAGUCAGCCUGCGAGCAAGCUGGUCUGACUACCUGGAAGACAUCAACAUCCUCAUCUUUGUGCUUGACAGCGCAGACACAGCCCGGCUGCCUGAAGCGAUGGCAGCUCUGGAGGAAGCCCUGAGCCACCCCAGCAUGGUUGGCGUCCCUGUCCUGCUCCUGGCCAACAAGCAGGAGAUUCCAGGAGCACUGUCUCCCACCAAGUUGGGGGAAAGGCUGCAGCAGGGGCGGCUGGUGGACCACCGGUGGGUGCUCCAGGGGUGCAGCGCUUACACUGGCCAGGGACUGCAGGAAGCCCUGGCAAGCCUGGGAGAGCUGCUGCGAGACCUGGGGCAGAGCUCCCCAUCCCAAGAGCAGCCCCUCACAGGGUCAGCAGGGAGGAGGCAAGCUCCAGAGCAAACCUGA